AUGAAUAUGCAUCUAUUUCUUCAACACGUCCCAGUCCUUACCAUUCCAGACAGCUUUAGAACCAAUUUCAAGUCCGAUGGGAAUAGUGUCGUUACCGAUAAGAACCUCUCCCGCAUGAUUGCUGCUGCCCGCGACAUGUCUGAAAACUCGAGGGGGAAGAAGACGGCGGCAUCCCCAUUUUUGGCUGUUGAAGGGUCAGUAGAUAUGAUCGGGGCGCAAGUCCGGGCCGCUGGUUGCUCACAAACGCAUUUGCCGUCUUUUGACGUUACCGAUGGGCUUGUGGUCGAUGUCUUUGGUCACUCCGCCGGUGCACUCGACUUGGGGCACGUCCUUAAAGCGAAAGCUGCCAGCACUGCCAUCCGUGCGAAUUCAGCUGGGAGACACGAUAUCAUCGACGUCUCCGUCCGUGAUGGACCAUCACGGCCCAGGCCAAUCAGCGCCAUGCGUUGCGAUAUUGCUAAUAACUGA